UGUAACUGCUCUGUUUUGGUGAUGCUUUUGUAACUUUACUUGUCAUUUCACUUGAAAUCUUAAUCCAAAAACAUCCCUCAGAAGUUCCCCCUCCUUCCAAAUCACUUUUUUUCUCCCUCUAAUCCUAAUUUGCACACAAGAAGAUUGCAAAAGGCCUGCCUGCGCCAAAGGAAAGGGACCUAAGGGUCAGACGGGGUUAUUAAGGGAACAACCCUUCACCCAGUGUUAGGAAAGGGCCGUCUGGAUUAGUGAUGCAAAUGUCUCUACGGCUAUCUAAUCAAUAGCUAUCGGCCUUCACUGUGUCCCAAGCCACCUUUUAUUUUCUGCAGGGGGGAUCAUCACUCGGAGAAACUGUCUCUUUUCAACUCUCCAGGCACUUAAACCAAUUAAAAUCAUCCUGCGGUGAAUAAAAAAACAAAAAACCUUCCAAUACUGUGGAAAAAUGUGAAAAUUGCGAGAAUGCGCAAAAAAUACCACAAAACACUCGCGUCACUUGCGGCUCUAAGGAAUUAAACUGCGCGUCGCUUGUGCGCAACGGAAAUGGACACGUUUUACGCAUUCACCUGCAGCUCAUUCCUUUGUAAAAAUGGGAUAUUUUCUCUGAAAAAUAUGACAGAAUUUGUGAUUUUAUUGCUGCAGUUCUAUUCCACUUGAAAUUAAACGGUCUCUGCACGUCCUCCCUGAGUAAUAGUCCGCGUGCUUCAAUGCGAUACACGUUGAUUUAAUCACACCUUUGUCAAACCAUGAAUUACUUUUUGUAGUCCUAUCAAACUAACAGUUCAAAUACAGGCCUGUCUCCUACUAAUCCUCGGCAAUCAGCUAUGCGUUAGAUAUCUAAAUAAACCUUGAUUCCAAACAGAAAUUCGGAGGAUCACUGUUGCACUUUUCCUGUGGGAUUAAACAGAUCUUCCCUUGCUCUUGAAUGGAGGCAGGGAGCCCACCGUUGCCCGGCCCUGAAGGCCCAGGGUGCCUUUUUGAUCAUCUCAAUCGCUCCUUGCUGCAAUACUUCUGAUUGGACAAGAGGGUAAGAAGGGGGAAAAUCUUUAAUUAAGCAGAUAAUCUCUUGUUGGGACGAGAGCAGCUCCAUUUCAGAGCCCCCUCCUUGAAUCCUGGAAGCCCCUGGUGAAGUUUCAUGUGCUGGUCGCUCAGUCUCCUCUCCAUCUCCACGGCGUCUGCAGGCUUCGGACGAGCUCACCUGUCAGGAUGUUCUUGCACUGGGAGGUUUUCUAUUACGUUUUCAUUCUCCUUGCUCACAUGCGGUCCUACUGUUGCUGGUCAGUGAAUAAUUUCUUGAUGACUGGACCCAAGGCAUACCUGAUCUACUCGAGCAGUGUGGCGGCCGGAGCUCAGAGCGGCAUUGAGGAGUGCAAAUACCAGUUUGCAUGGGAUCGCUGGAACUGCCCCGAGAGAGCGCUGCAGCUGUCCACACACAGCAGCCUGCGCAGUGCAAAUCGAGAGACGGCGUUCGUCCACGCCAUCAGCUCUGCCGGUGUCAUGUACACCUUAACCAGAAACUGCAGCCUUGGAGACUUUGACAACUGUGGCUGUGAUGAUAGCAGGAAUGGACAACGAGGUGGUCAUGGUUGGCUGUGGGGCGGCUGCAGUGACAAUGUCGGCUUUGGCGAGGCAAUCUCCAAACAGUUUGUUGAUGCUUUGGAGACCGGGCAGGAUGCACGAGCAGCUAUGAAUCUGCACAAUAAUGAGGCUGGCCGCAAGGCUGUGAAGGGAACUAUGCAGAGGACAUGUAAGUGCCACGGUGUUUCGGGAAGCUGCACCACUCAAACCUGCUGGCUGCAGCUGCCGGAGUUCAGAGAAGUGGGGAACUAUUUGAAGGAGAAGUACCACAGGGCUCUGAAAGUGGAUCUUCUGCGAGGCGCUGGGAACAGUGCAGCCAGCCGAGGGGCCAUCACCGAGACCUUCAGCUCCAUCUCCCGCAAGGAGCUGGUCCACCUCGAAGACUCCCCCGAUUACUGCCUGGAGAAUCGCACCCUGGGGUUAGCGGGCACAGAGGGCCGCGAGUGCCUGAAGAAGGGCAAGAACUUGAGCAAGUGGGAGAAACGGAGCUGCAAGAGGCUCUGUGGAGAGUGCGGGCUCGCUGUGGAGGAGCGCAAAGCCGAGAUGGUGUCCAGCUGUAAUUGCAAAUUCCACUGGUGCUGCGCGGUGAAGUGUGAGCAGUGCAGAAAGACAGUGACCAAGUACUUUUGUGUGAAGAGAGGAGGUCAGAGGGGAAGGAACGAGAGCGCCAGCAACCGUCGGAAGAACCUCAGACUGAGGAAGAAGCACUGAGCGUCACUGUCAUCAUAUUGGUACCACUGCAGCUCCUGUCGACACACAGACUCUGCAUGCGUGAUCUGUUAGUGUGUGUUUUGGGCAAAAACUUAGCAAACAAAUGUAAUUUCAGACCAUUUUCUGUGUCCAUUUUGUAUUAAAAGUUCAUGUCAGUGGGACGUGCACAAAGCCACAUGAUAGAGGAGAUGUGAAGGGGCGGUUUUACCACUUUUGUAGGAUUUUUGUUAUAAAUGUAUUUAAGAUAUAUUUUUAUAUUUUUUACAACAUCUUGAAAAAUCACCGGGCAUUUGAAGAGGUUUUCUCUGACAGGAAAAUUCUCCACAGCAUUGUUUAUUUAUUUUCAUACAGACCCAAAAACCGUGGAGACAGUUGUGUGGGUGAUUUGGCUUUUGGAGUUUGGCAUAAAUCAUUUUUAAAAUCAACUUUUUCAGGCCCUCUUUGUACAUUUCAACUAUCACUGUUAAAUUUUGAAUUCAUUUUACAGAGAAAUAUGUUGACAUUUUUGACAAAAGCAUGCUCUCCCAUCAUCCUGACCUUUGCUGCCCUCUGGAUGUAUUUAAUUGUACAUAAAAUGAAGCACUUUGUACUGUACAUUGUUAAUUUAUUGCACAGCAUUUCCUAGUUUUGCUUUAUUCUUAGCUGCCUUUGUGGUUUGUUUUCUAUUAAAAUGAAAGAAUAAUAAAUCCUUCAGUCGUGUAUAUCA